AUGAACAUGACGUUCCAAAAUUUUGUCAACAAGACAAGGCUGACGCAAGGGAUGAUUAACUUCUGCGUAAUCGUGUACAUGGACGAUAUCGUGGUCUACUCGGAAACCUAUCACGGGCACGCGCAACACAUCGAAUGGACAUUGGGCACGUUGAGAGACGCUGGGUUCAAGAUUGCGCUCGAGAAGAGCGAAUUUUUCCUCUCAGAAAUUUUGUUAUUGGGUUACGUCGUGACACGUGGAGAAUUGCGGCCAGACUCGAGCAAAGUUACGGCGGUGAAGGAAGCCCCGGUUCCCACGCCACUGACGCAGGUUCGAGCCUUCUUGGGGUUGGCGUCGUACUAUCGGCGCUUCAUCAAGGGUUUUGCCGCGAUUGCACAACCACUAACGAAUCUGUUAUGGAAGGACCAGCCUCUCAGCUGGGACGCGGAGUGCCAGCAGGCCUUUGCAACCCUCAAGGACGCUCUGGCGACGGCCCCUAUUUUGAUUCGGUCGGACCCCUCGAAGCCGUUCAUUCUCAUCACGGACUGGCAACCCGAAGCUAUUUCCGCUAUUCUAGCGCAGAAGGGGAACGAUGGUCGCGAACACGUCAUCGAGUACGCGUCACGCACAGUGCCAGACGAACGUCGAAACGACUCCGCACCUCAAGGCGAGUGCUAUGCAGUAGUUUGGGGAAUCCAACACUUCCAUCCGUAUCUCUACGGACAGAAGUUUCGCCUCGUGACGGAUCACGAGCCUCUGCUAGCUUUGAAGAAGCUCACCAACUACACGGGCAUGAUUGGCCAUUGGGCGGUGCGACUGCAAAGUACGACUUCGAUAUCCGAGUACGUGGACGUCCACAGCCUGACUAAUCCCUGCUUCUUUCGGCAACCAACGGCGCUCGAGUGGGCGGCGCUGAGAGCGGAAGCGGAGGCAGAAGAAGAAUUGGAAGGAGAAUUGAGGAGAGAGGCCGGGGAAUCAGCGGCCCGGUUGGCCAAGGACGAGGAAGAAGAACGCGAAGCAGAAGAAGAGUCGGCGGAAGCUGAAGAAGAGGAAGAAAAAGAGGAAGCAAAGGAGGAGACCUCGGAAGAAGAGGAGGAAGCCUAUAGCGAGCACAGUGAGGGCGAGCCAAGUGAAGAGGAGGACAAAGACGACGACGAAGAAGGGGAAAACGGAGACGACCAGGAGCCGACGCACGACGACGAGCUCGGGUGGGUGCUAGGAUUGGAUCGACGAGAGGACCCUGAGGCUGCCGCGCAACGCAAGAAAGAGGUCGCGGAGGGAAAGCGGCCGGCGAUCGACUCCGCAUCGAGCGAUCCUUCCAAGGAUCCCGAGCCGCCCAACCCGGAACAUGGAGACCUUGCUGCCACAACCUCGAGCGCCGCGACGACAAGGCGCCGACCCCGAUCCCGAUCCCCGUCCCCCUCCGCCUUCGCCCGUCCCCCAAUCCGUCAACGUGUCAAUGAGGGGCUUCGCCCUUUGUCCCCGAUCCAUAUACCACUGUCCCCUUAGCUACCUCUCUUUCAAUCAGUAUUUCCAUC